AUGGCGUCUGAAGAUGUCGCCCCGGCGCCCGCUGCUCCAAGCAAGUCGGUGAAAGACGAAGCUUUGGACUCGGACAACAAGCAAAUUGCACAAGAUAUUAAGCCGUCGGAUGCGGAGGGCAAUCACUCGAAAUCAGCUCCCGGAGAGCUGAAGCGCAAGCUAAAGAGUCGUCAUCUUCAAAUGAUCGCUAUUGGCGGCACAAUUGGCACUGGUCUUUUCAUCUCCAGCGGCACGGCCAUCGCAUACUCUGGCCCAGCGGGCGCACUGAUCGCCUAUCUUUUUGUCGGAUCAAUCGUGUACUCCGUGAUGACCUCCCUCGGCGAGGUUGCGACCUAUAUCCCCAUCCCUGGCGCCUUCACGUCGUAUGCCGCUCGUCUCAUUGAUCCUAGUCUUGGAUUUUCAAUGGGCUGGAUCUACUGGUUCAAUUGGGCUUCUACUUUCGCUGUGGAGCUCACCGCUACUGGCACAAUCAUUCAAUAUUGGGAUCCAACUCUGAACAUCGCGAUCUUUAUCGGUGUAUUCUGGGUGUUCAUCACAGCGCUGAAUUUCUUGCCGGUCAAUUUCUAUGGUGAGCUGGAAUUCUGGUUCUCAGCAAUCAAAGUUGCCACGGUUAUUGGCUUCAUGAUCUUUGCGAUCUGCAUCGAUGUGGGCGUAGGGGACCAGGGCUAUAUUGGUUUCAAGUAUUGGCACAACCCGGGCGCUUUUGCAACCCACUUGAUUCACGAACCAGUCUCUGUUGGCAGAUUUGUUGGAUUCUGGGCCGUCUUGAUCCAGGCCGGAUUCUCUUACCAGGGAACCGAGCUUGUUGGUGUCGCCGCAGGUGAAACCGAAAACCCGCAGAAGACCGUUCCCUCCGCUAUCCGCAAGACCUUUGUGCGGAUCUUGUUGUUCUUUGUCCUCACAAUCUUCUUCAUCGGUCUUCUCGUUCCUUACACCAACGACAGACUCGUCACCAACACGGCCAAUGCCUCGUCCUCGCCCAUGGUGAUUGCUGCCGACCUUGCUGGUGUCAAGGUCCUCCCAAGCUUGAUUAAUGUGGUGCUCUUGACGGUCGUCUUGUCGGCGGCUAAUUCCAACGUGUACAGCGGCAGCCGAAUUCUGACUGGCCUCGCACACGAGGGCUUUGCGCCAAAGAUCUUUGCGCGAACAAACAACGGCGGUGUCCCAUAUGUGAGCGUCAUGUUCACAGCGCUCUUUGGGCUUCUCGGCUUCAUGAACGUCUCCAACGAUGCCGGACAGGUUUUCACCUGGCUUGUCAACUUGUCCAGCGUGGCUGGAUUCAUUACUUGGUCUUCGAUUAACGCAUGCCACAUUGCCUUUAUGCGCGCACUGGCCGCCCGCAACAUCUCCCGCGACACCCUUCCGUACAAGGCCAUUCUCCAACCCUACUUGGCGUGGUACGGUCUGAUCUUCAAUAUUCUCAUCGCCUUGACGCAGGGCUUCACUGCCUUUAUUCCCACUUUCAACGUAACCGACUUUUUCAUCGCCUAUAUCUGCCCGAUUGUCUUCGUGCUUCUGUAUCUGGGACACAAGAUCAUUUUCAGGCCCUCGUUUGUCAAAGCUGCCGAGGCUGAUCUUGAUACGGGCCGUAUGGCUUACAAGAAGGAUACCGGACCUCCAAAGGCCUGGUACUGGAGAGUCUGGGGAUGGGUCACGAAAUAA